UUGGGGAGGGGGCAGGAUUUGUCAGUGAGGGUGGCAGGGACGGUUCCUGAGGGGGAACUGGAUGGUCCCUAAUCAGGGGGCUAGUGAGUAAACACCUGAAGAGCAUGAAGAGGGGGCCAGGGUGUCAUAUCACGAAUUCUAUUCUCGCUCCCCAAGUUUUCCUUGCCUCUAGAAGUUCAGGGAGGUAACUCAGCCUCGCGGGCGACGGGGGCCCUGAGGGGCGGCCUGGAGCGCACCCCGCAGGCCCCAGCCUGUGCACCCACAGGUGCGCACGCCUCCCGCACCUGCGCGGCGCCCCACAGGUGCGCCCCGCAGGUGCCCGCCCCCGCCCCCGAGGUGCGUCCUCCUGGGCGGGGCCACUUCCGGGCCGGUGGCCGGACGUGGGGGCGGGGGCGGCCGUUGACCCGGUGACCGCGGCGCCGCUGGAGGCUGGAGGCGCCCUGCGGCUCGCUCCCCCGCCUCCCUCCGGGGGACAGGACACGGCGGCCGCCGCCCGCCCGGGUCUGAGGGAGCCGGGCAGCCAUGAGCGCCAACCCGCAGUGGGACAUCAGCAGGGCGCUGAGGGUGGCCAGGCUCUUCCACCUGGUGUGUGGAGUCCGGGAUGCCUGCGUGACCCCGUUCCUGACCCUCUACCUGCGGCAGCUGGGCCUGGCCGCACCCUGGGUGGGCAUCCUCAUGGGAACCAAGCACCUCAUUGCUGCCUCCUGGGCUCCCUUCUGUGCCUUCCUGGCCAGAAGCCACCAGAAGCGGAGGGUGCUCAUGACAGCCUCGCUGCUGGGCUCGGCGGGGGCCAGCCUGUUUAUGGUCCUGGUACCGCCCCUGGACAGAGACCCAGGGGACCGCCGGUGUAAUGGAAGCCACAGCUUGACCGCCGAGGGCCCACCACCGGGGGUCGCACUAACUGUGACUGUCACCUUGGCCUCAGAGCCAGCCUCCAACUCCCCAGCGGGAGCACUCAGCCUCCCAGGGGAGAGGAGUUCUGGGGUCGCUGGAACCCGUGGCUUCGGAGAAGGGCUUGGGGAAAGUGGCCAAGAACCUUUCAGUUAUCCGCCCAGCUCCUCCGUGGGCUCCACCCAAGGAACCAGGAACAGAUCCAGAGUUCUCGUCCAUCCUGACACUCCAGGAGUGACAGGUUCUCCCCGUGAAGGUGCUUUUAGAGUGGUCAGUCCGCCACUCCCUCUGUUUGCUGGGGGCACGGUGCUGGCAAGUCCAGCCAACCAGUCGGCAGCCAAGGGGGAUGGUGGGGCCCUUGGCCUCUCCUUGGAAGGGCUGCAGUGGACUUUCAUCCUCUCACUGGGCUCCAUGGUGCUCUGGGAGCUGCUGACAUCCCCUCUGGAGCAGGUGGCCGACGACAGCCUCUACGAAUACCUGGAUUUUGUGGACGCCACUGACCGCUACAGAAGCCUAUGGGUGUGGAGGCUGCUGGGCACAUCAGUCGGUGUGUGCGGCAUUGCGGCCUUGGUGGGGCCGCUGGACUGCUUCCUGGCGACCAGUGGCCCGCGGGGCGUGGUGCACUUCUACGGCUACUCCCUGGUCAGCGCCCUGGCUUUACUGGUGAGUAUCGCCUUUCCCGUCCCCGUCUGCCGGCGGCAGGAGCCCAGCUACAGGACGGCCAAAGCCCUGUCCCUCGUGGCCGGCGACCCCCACCUCACCGUCCUGGCCCUCACCAUCUUCUUGACAGGAGGAGUCACCAGUGCAGUGCAGAACUUCCUGUUCUGGCAGAUGAGAGACCACGGGAGCAGCGAGCUGAUCAUGGGUUUCUCGGUGGCCCUGGGCUUGCUGGGGGAAAUUAUGCUUCAUCCUUUCAAAGCUCCGUUGCUUAGGAAGCUGUCCAGGGUAGGCACGGUGGGGCUGGGGCUAGGCUGCCUGGCGGGGCAGCUGCUGUAUUACUCAUUUCUCUGGAGCUGGUGGUCCGUCCUGCCGGCUCAGAUCUUGAGCGCCCUCAGCCACGGGGCUCUGUGGUGGGCAGUCAGCACCUCCAUAGAGCACCUGGCCACUCCUGGAACAGAGAGACCCCUGAGCGCUGUGUUCCGAGCCCACGUUUGUGGGAGUGGGGCCAGCCUGGGAAGCUUUGUGGGGGGCUUCGUGGUGAUGCGCUUCAGCCUGCCCGUGCUCUACCAGGCCUGUUGCGUCCUCUUGUUGCUCUGGCUGGCCUUGUUCCUGUCCAUCCAGCCCAGACUGCCCCAGGAGCGGAAAAUCAACUACUCCAAGCUGCUGACUGUGGAAGCCAGUGACACAAGCGACUCUGAGCAGGGGACCGAACGGGACUGGCUAGUGAAGGCCAUAAGGGAGGAACACUCUGGCUGGAGGGGCUGAGAGACAGAGCCAGGAUGCACACUCAUCUGGGAAGGAGCCGGAAGGAUGGACAAGACUCAGUCUGCUGAGGGCAAAGCCCACAAGUCCUGCGGGGCUGCAGAAAGCCCUGCAAGAGAGAAGUGUGUCUGUGCCAAAGCUCCACGGGGUCAUCUCACUGCAUGAUUUUCUUUACUUUUGUAGUAAAAGGAGAUUCAACUUUUGGCCAUUCAAUCUUUUGAAAAUAAUGGUGCAAGAAUACAUUUGCUAUAAAACAAAAAAUGUUCCCUCUGUAGUCACUCUCUUGGCGAUGGGGUUUGGAAGAGCUUUGCAUAGUUUGUUGUUGAUUUCAGCUGUGGCUGAAGUGCUCAGAUGAAGCUGAUGGGGCCGGGAAGGCGAUGGGACCUGCAGGAUUCAGUUGGCAGAGGGGGCCUUGACUUUGGUGAGUCACAUGCAUUCCUGUGGAUCCUAACGCAUGAGCCUAUCUUAUAGGGCAGGUCAGGAUGAUAAUGAAACCAAAACUCUUCUCUUUGCCUGUCUCUCUCUGCAUUGAUAAACAAGUGUUAUACUCACACCCAGAUACUUAAGUCUCCAAUAAGAGAAAGUGAUGGGAAGUGUAAUGUGUAUUGGAUGGGUGUGGAGGUGAAUAGGUUUUCAUUCUUACUCUCCAGUGUGUGUGUGUCACCAGGAGUAGGAUACUAGACUCAUCUCCCAUACUUCGGUCAGAGCAAAAGUCAUUUCACGUCCUUUGGACUCAAUUUUGCAGGCUCCACCACGUAAGAGCACAUGGAGAUUUUUUGCGUCUGCUUUGAUGAGGGUGUGGCAGCCUCCUUACGGCCAGGAUGGUCUAUACUACCUCCACAGCCAGGAUGCUACAGGUGGUCCACAUACUACCUGUGCCAUUGGACCGCCCACAACAGCCUUAUGAAUCAAUCAGAAUCAUUCCCUGCAUCAUUUAAAAAUUUUACUUGACUGCAUUGGGUCUUAGUGUUGGCACGCAGGAUCUUCAGUGUUCAUUGGGACAUGUGGAAUCUUUUAGUUGCAGCAUGUGGGAUCUAGUUCCGAGACCAGGGAUCGAACCCAGGCCCCCUGCAUUGAGAGUGCUGUCAUCUUAGCCACUGGAUCACCAGGGAAGUUCCUAGAAUGUACCGUACCCUUUUAUGUCCCAUUCCUUGCGCUCAGCAUAAUUGCAAUGGCUUCUGACACCAGCUACCUCGAGUCACACCGCAGGUUAAGAAGCACACAACUGCCCUCAAUUCAGACACCAGCCACAAAUUUGGGGGUCCCCAGAAUCACCCUCACUUCUGACCAACUGGCUACAAAUUUGGGGUUCCUACUUUCCUCCUCAGGCUCAAUAAUUCACUAGAAUGACUCCCAGAACCUAGGAAAGCACUGCAUGAAAGAUUACAGUUUUACUGUAGACGAAAGAUACAAUUCAGAACAGCCAAGAGGAGAGACUCAUAGGGUGAGGUUCAGAGAGUCCCAAGGUGAAGUGGCCAAGUCCUCUCCCCACGGACUCAGGACCCCUCACCUCUGAGCACACCGAUAUCCACUGGGGAGACUCUGGCAUCUGUGGUUUUUACCAGGACUCCAUUAUAGCUGCAUAGUUCAUUGAAUCAUUUAGCCACUGUCCACUUCCCAGAAGUCAGGCUGAUGUCACAGGACUCCAAGCCCCAAACUUCUCUUCCAGCAUGUGGUUGGUCUAUCAGGCAUGGCAGCCUUCUGAGUCAUCUUAUUAGCAUUAGGGUCCCUCAUUAGUCACUCUAUUAACAUAAGUCAGAGGUCCAUCCUGAGUCAUCUCAUUAGCAUAAACCAGGGCCUGUCUUUAGUUACUUCAUUAACAUAAACCAGGGGCCCUCCCAGAGUCACCUCAUUACCAUAAAUACAGGUGUGGUCCGGAGAGACCCACCAAGAAUAACAGGGACACUCAUACCUUAGGAAAUUUCAGGAAUUUAGAGGCUGUCUUCCAGAAACCAGGGAUAAAGGCCAGCCGGCAGUCCCAACAGAAAACAUCAAUACCCAGGGAUAAAGACAAGUUAAGCUGAAUGUCAAGUGAGAAGUUCAAAUAGAAUUUCAGGAAGAGCAGGGUAGGCAUGAUGAUUGAGUGCCGGGAGAAAAACUAAUGGAGAUGAUCAUUAUGGGCUUGCAUAUUAAAGGAAUGAUCAAGUCACAAAGAGUUAGAACCAAGAUGUAUGACUUUUACUCUAGUAACAAGCCAUUGGAUCAGUUCAGCUUCAUACCAUUAAAAGUAAAUGAAAUUCUUAGCUGAUAGCCUCGUGGCUAUCAGAGAUACAGAGUUCUAGCAUAUGUUUGUUCGAGCUCAGAGGAAAGUAAAAAUUGGAGGAGCAAUUAACCUUUCUGCCCAGGCUGACUUAAACCAUCAUUUCCCAGGUCCGGUGGGGAAGCCUGACGUAGCUGUACCGGCACCUGCACAGAACGACUGCCUCACUUUUUCUCAUUUCCAAUCACCUUUCCCCACGGUCCCCGUGCCUCAAACCACCCUGCUUCUGCAUCCUGUAAAUACUGUAAAUACCUGGCCUUCCAGGAAGUGGACCUGAGGUAAGUUUCCCAUCUCCUGGCUUGUCUGCCUCUUGAACAGACCCUUUCUCUGCGGCAAACCUCAGCAUCCCGGGCUCACUGUACGUUGGGCAGAUGAACCUGGCUUGGUGACAACAUGAGGUCCUUCCCACGGCCAGACUUCUGCAGACAGAAAGUAGACGGUUGUUACCAGGGCUGGGGUCCAGGGGGAACGGGAAGUGUCGUUUCAUGGGCAUAGUGUUUAAUUUUUCCAAGAUGAAAGAGGAUGGAGGUUGGUUGCACAACUACGUGAAUGGAUUUACUUCUCCUGAACUGUACACUUACACAUGUUUAGGGUGGUCAAUUUUAUGUUUUACCACAAAUUUUUUUUUUUUUAAGUAAAAGAGGCAGGUCUAAAGGAGGAAGAAUCUGUCUCCUCUGGAGUUUGGCUCUGGGAGUUGAGGUUUCUGAAAUGAACAGUAGUUUCUCAAUUCUGCUCCUCUCGUGCUAAGAGAGCUUGAGGUUGCCCUGGGGUAGGAGGGCCGCUGCCUCCUUCCUUCAGCAAAGCAGCUGCUCCUUUGUUCUCCAGCUACUAAAAGACUUAGCUAGGGAACUGCUCUGGUGGUCCGGUGGUUAAGGCCUGUGCUUUCACUUCAGGGGCUGGGGGUUUGAUUAUCUGAUAGGGGAAGUUGUGGAUGCUCAUGACGGGGCCAAAAAAAAAAAAUAUUUAGCAAGGCCUAAGCAAUUGUAAGGCCUGGAGGGUUGUUCUCCACCCUGCAAGGAAUUUGAACUGUUUGGGAAAUGGAAGGAUUUCGGGGAACUCACAAGCUGGCGAUGCUCAUCUCCAGGCUGUGAGCCAGGAUCAAGAAUCAUACCUUGCAUUUGCAAAAAUGAAUUCCUCCUGAGACUUUCAACCUGUGGUCUAUGACCUUCGUCCCAACUAUAAUUUUAGCCAAGGUUAAAUUGGAGCAUUUGAAGCUCUCAGUUCCUAUUUCCACAAUAUCCUUUCACCAGUGUUUUAUCUGGUGUCAUUUUUUUCUCU